AUGGGUCGAGCAAGGAGAGAUUGCUCGUGCGAGAAACACAUGGCUAGACGAAACCAUCGUGCCCCAAAGAACAUAAAUAACCUAAUUCUACAACUAAAUAAAAAAAAAANUGACCCUGAGUUUCAAUUCUUUCCUAUCGCCACCCGAGAAAAAGAGAGCCAUGUUGCGUUGAAUGAUGAGCCCGUCAAAACUGUCGCGGACCUUUCGGUGGCUGUCCCUAAUGCUUCUGGGCACACCUUGCCACGUCAUCUUCCUCCCAUUGCUCCCGACCUCGAGGCUAUAGCUGUAAUUUUUCGCCUCGUUGUCAUUGCCCAUGAAACGUAA